AUGGGUGGACAUAAUGUAUGCAAGACGCUUGCUUGGGAAAAACUGCUGAAGCAGCUGGGUGUGAUAUUUACGAUGCUCCAACGCAAUCUUCAGGCAGUAGGUUCAGCCAAUACGCAAGACUUGCUAGUUAAGACAGCCCGGAUUAUGGGAAGCAUUAUCCAGCUACAACGGUUCGAGAUAUCGGUGGGAAACUUUGAGAACUGCCGGAAGCACCUCGGUGCGGCCAACUCGCUCUUUAGACAGAUUUUCUUGGCUGCGGAGAACUUUAUAGACGGCGGCGAGCUGCCUGAUUUUUGCGAUGUACUGGACCUUAUGGGACAUCCACUCUGGGCUAUAGGGUGUCAACAGCGCGGGGCUUGGAAUUCAGAUCAGGCAGCUUUUCGAUUCUACUCGGCGCUUCUCAUAGUAGACGACAUCAUCGCCGGCAUUUGCAUGGGCGAAACGCCUGAAUUGCUGCAGUAUCACGCUCGACUGCUCACGAACGGCAGGGGCGCUGACGAGAAACCUCCGCUGAGCCUGGAGGACUUUAUAGGCUGCGAGAACUGGGUCAUCUUGCAACUGGGCGAGAUAGCUGCACUCGACACAUGGAAGAGAUCUUAUAAAAAGGCUGGCAAGCUUGACAUGAUGGAACUGGUUGCCCGCGCAUCGGCCAUUCAGCAGACACUACUCGGCAACCUCGCGCGCCUCGACGCCGCAAUGGACACACCCCAGUCCAACCGGCUCGGCUUGUUCAGCGUCUACAACGAUCAAUUACCGCCUAUGCCGGGUGGGUGCGCCGUGUUUGUCACGCGUGUAUGGGCGCACGCCGCAUUGCUCUACCUCGCCAUGUCAGUCUCUGGGUGGCAGCCAGGGAGCGCUAGGAUUCGCGAGUAUGUAACAAGGGUUUUGGUGCUGCUGGAGAGGAUGCCGGCGCCUGAGCUGCUUCGGACCAUGGUGUGGCCAUACUGUCUCGUGGGCUGCCUUUGCGAACCUGCUGAAGAGGUCCGAUUGCGGGCUAUGGCAGAUGCGUUGGUCCCCCAUCGACUUUUUGGAGCCGCGCGCAAAGCAUUGGAGAUUAUGGAGAGCGUCUGGAAGGCAAGGGACGAAUUGAAUGUGGAUACAGACUUUGCGGCGUGCGUCCGCAGCUUAGGUUACGUCUCGCUGUUGGUCUGA